GGCGGACAGUGCGGGGGCACAGAGCACAUAUGUCACUGGGUGACCUGUCACACACCCGGGAAAUCCUGAAUGUGGGGUAAACUGAUAAAUUGCCUAGUGACAACAGGCAACUAUUUAGCUUUAUGAUGGAUUCAGAUGCCCAUGAGAAAAGGAAAGGCGACCUUAUUCUUACUAGUCCAAAGCAAGAUUUAAAGCAUUGCAAAGUAAAGGUUAGCUCUGGGAAACAUUAUGUUUGUGGCUAUUGUGCAGCGUUUACAAACAUAGUAAUUACCUUUCCAAUACAAAAAGUGCUCUUUCGACAGCAGUUGUAUGGACUGAGAACCAGAGAUGCAGUUCUACAGAUCAAAAAGGAUGGGAUUCGGAACUUAUACCGUGGAAUACUCCCUCCUCUCAUGCAGAAAACUACAACUCUUGCAUUAAUGUUUGGCCUUUAUGAGGAUUUCUCAAGUCUUCUGCUAAUGCACACCAAUUCCCCAGAGCUUGUUACACGAAGUGUAGCAGCAAUCCUUGCAGGAACCACUGAAGCCCUUCUCACACCUUUUGAGAGAGUGCAAACCCUGCUGCAGGAUUACAAGCACCACGACCGAUUCACAAAUACUUUCCAGGCCUUCAAAGUGCUCCGACCGUAUGGCAUUAGAGAAUAUUAUCGUGGGCUCAUUCCUAUACUAAUCAGAAAUGGACCUAGUAAUGCACUAUUCUUUGGUCUACGUCACCCAAUCAAGCAGUGCCUGCCUGAAACCAAGACAUACAGCGCUAACUUAAUCAAUGAUUUUGUUUGUGGUGGACUGCUUGGAGCCAUGUUGGGAUUUCUGUUUUUCCCUGUUAAUGUGGUCAAAGCGCGUAUGCAGUCACAAAUUGGAGGCGAGUUCAUAUCUUUUGGAAAAGUCUUUACAACAAUAUGGACAGAGCGUAAUGGGAAACUGACUCAUCUUUUUCGUGGUGCCCAUUUGAAUUAUCAUCGCUCUAUUUUAUCCUGGGGGAUUAUAAAUGCAACAUACGAGCUUCUGUUGAAACUCUUCUGAGCAGGACUGGGAUUUCCUAGCAAAUUAUACUGCCAGUUUGUUCAUUUUUUUGUAGUCGAGGGAUCAAAGUUUUUUUUCCAUUUUUUGUGUAAAGUGCUCACCAUUCGGUCUAUUUAUUUUCAGGGUUUUUUUUAUGUGCAGGUUAAUGGUGCCAAUAUAUAAAAUUACAAAUGUUUUUGUAUGAGUUGUUCUUGAAAUGCUUUACUCUUUAAAUGUUAAGUAGAACUGUUUAAGAGCAGCCUAUGUGCAAAAUAGGCUUAUACAGUUUUUGUAAACACAAGCAUUUUAGUUUAUAAUUUAGCUCUAUUAUAAAAAAGCAAAGCAGCAGUGCCAUUAUAUCUUUAAGAGACAGACAAGGUUUAUUCUAUACAAAACUAAUUUCUAAGAUAUUCUUAUUUCCUUUUCCCAUUGUCUUUACAUAAGUAAUAAAAUGCUAAAUCCAGCCACAAAGGAGAAAUAUAUUGAGAGCUCAAUAUAAGUCUUAAUACAUAACCCAACUUUGAUUGUCCCAUGAUGGUUAAGUAAGAAGCACUCCUUAUUCCUUGUUCCUUGUAAAAUGAGAGGAUACUGUACUUUACUCAUGCCUUUGACAAAUGGAAAGCAAUCCAAUUAAACACCACUCCAUAUUUGCUAUAAAACAGGUAUAAAAUAUAAUUGUUGUAUUGGCAUGACCACUUUAUUUUAUUGCAUUCACCUCCCAUGUGCAAAUAACUUUUUUUUUUUUUCUGUCAGAGUAAGGAAACCAACUAUUAAAAAAAAAAAAUUAAUAAUUUAUUUGGUUUAUAUUUCACAAUAAAGUGCAUUACUGUGCUUCCUUCGUCUGACAAUAUUUUCAGAAUUGUAAGAUAAGCUAUUUAAAAGUGGCUGACUUUGCAUCAUAUGAACAUGACAAAUUAACUUUGCCCUUGUUUUCAGAUGACCCUGCUGCUUUUUCUUCUUCAAUGUGGGGAAACUAGUUUCCUGGCACCUAUGCUAAAUACUCAGUUUAUUUAAACCAAGUCCUUGCACUAUCUUCGAAGCAGGUACAGUGAAUAGAAUAAUGCACAUUUUAAACCAUCACUUUUUUGGAGCAUAGAAGGAAGGUCACAGUGUUAUUUUUUUCAUUUUCUUUUUUGUUAUUUAAUACAUGUGUAUAUACAACGUUCAAGUUACUACUCUGAGAGUAAUUCCUAUAUACAGUCCUUUAUCAAUCCAGGAGCAUAAUGCCAAAAAGGGGUUUAAAAAACAAACAAAAAAAAACUAUAACCAAAACACUACAUUAAAUGUAACAUAUUAAACUUUUAGUAUUCAAUUAGUUGAACUUUGGGUAUAUUGUUGUCUGCUGUAAUCAUUCAAUGUCUGAUUGUCAAAUGGGUACCAUAGCCAGAUUUUUAUAGUUAUCAUUAAAAAUAAUGUUUUGCAUAAUCUAAACUUAAUUAGGAUUAGAUUUGUAAGAUCAGACUAUUUACUUUUUAAAGUGUUUCUAGUUGUGUUACAACAGUACAACUUGUAAGAAGCCAUUGCCAUCACACAUGUUUAGCUUUUGUAUAGUAUACAUUGAUGUUUACAAUAUUUGCUUAUUCAAAUCCUACAGCUAUGUUUUUAAAAUACUUCUUUUAGUUCGUGUUUUUCAUUACUUGUGUCUACCCUAAUGUUUUAGAAAGUAUAGAAUACUUGUUUGCCAUACAGCUUUUAUUGCACCUAGUAGUUACUUUAAUUUUAUUGCUUAUUUACUCUAAAUAUACUCUUCAUUGAGAAAUGAUUGCAUCACUGACAGGUCUUUACAAGUUCAAGAAAUUUCUCCUGGCUUAAAUGUAAUUAAAAAAAUUCAGUUUGAACUGGUGGCAUGCUUAUUUUUUCCAAAUCCAUCUCAGGCCCAGGAAAAUGUUAAACAUGUAACCUAGAUGGACACCUUUGGCAUUUUAAUGUAUAAAAUGCCACAAUUAUGCUUGUCCAUAAGGUAGAAAGUCUUUGUAAUGGAUAAUUCAUUGAUAUAUUCAUUUUUGAUGUGUAUAUUCCAUAUUAAUAUUUAGGACAUU